AUGCCCGGGGCCAGGGACGCGCUCUGUCACCAGGCGCUGCAGCUGCUGGCCGAGCUCUGUGCCCGCGGGGCCCUGGAGCACGACAGCUGCCAGGAUUUCAUCUACCACCUGCGGGACCGCACCAGACCCCGGCUCCGCGACCCAGAUAUCUCAGUGAGCCUGCUGACCCUUGUAGUCACUGCCUGUGGCCUCGCUCUCUUUGGUGUGUCUCUCUUCGUGUCUUGGAAACUCUGCUGGGUUCCGUGGCGAGAACGAGGCCUGUUCUCUAGUAGCAAAGACAACAACCAGGAGCCUCUUAACUACACGGACACAGAGACCAAUGAGCAGGAGAACAGUGAGGGCUUCCUAGACCCUCCCACCCCUUGUCCAGACUCCUCCAUGAAGAUCAGUCACACCUCCCCAGACAUUCCCCUCUCAACCCAGACGGGGGAACAGGACAGCUGUGCCCAUGGCAUCCGCGUGCAACGCCAAGUCACAGAGCCAACUUCAUCAGCUCGGCACAAUUCAAUCCGAAGACAACUCAACCUGUCAAACCCAGACUUCAAUAUCCAACAACUUCAAAAACAGGAACAGUUGACUGGCAUUGGUCGAAUUAAACCGGAGUUAUAUAAGCAGAGGUCAUUGGAUAACGAUGACGGGAGAAGGAGUAACAGUAAAUCCUGUGGGAAACUGAACUUCAUUUUAAAAUAUGACUGUGACUUAGAGCAGCUCAUAGUGAAGAUCCACAAAGCUGUCAACUUGCCCGCCAAGGACUUUUCUGGGACUUCAGAUCCCUAUGUCAAGAUAUAUUUGCUUCCUGAUCGGAAGACAAAACACCAGACUAAAGUUCACAGAAAGACCCUGAACCCGGUGUUUGAUGAAGUGUUUUUAUUUCCAGUUCCCUACAAUGACCUUGCAGCCAGGAAGCUUCACUUUUCUGUCUAUGACUUUGACAGGUUCUCUCGCCAUGACUUAAUUGGCCAAGUGGUGGUGGAUCACUUCUUAGACUUGGCUGAUUUUCCCAGGGAGUGCAUCCUGUGGAAAGAUAUCGAAUAUGUCACCAACGACAAUGUGGAUCUUGGAGAACUGAUGUUUUCCCUCUGCUAUCUUCCCACGGCUGGCAGGCUGACCAUUACCAUUAUAAAAGCAAGGAAUUUAAAGGCAAUGGACAUAACAGGAGCAUCAGAUCCCUACGUGAAAGUCUCACUGAUGUGUGAUGGCAGACGACUAAAAAAGAGGAAAACGUCCACCAAGAGGAACACUCUGAAUCCUGUUUACAAUGAAGCCAUAGUCUUUGACGUCCCUCCCGAGAACAUUGACCAAAUCCACCUGUCCAUAGCAGUCAUGGACUACGACCGUGUAGGUCACAAUGAGAUCAUCGGCGUGUGUCAAGUAGGCAACGAAGCUGAGCGGCUGGGCAGAGACCACUGGAGUGAAAUGUUGUCAUAUCCACGCAAGCCCAUUGCACACUGGCAUUCCCUGGCGGAGAUUCCUUUACUGUCUAGAGAAAGAGAGCACAUUCUGGUGGUCCGCUGUGCCCAGGAGGGCCGGGCAGGCUCCCCCAAGGGUAUGUGUCUGCAGUCUCCCACCCUGGAGCAGGGCAGCAUCAGCAGAGCCGUGGUGUCUGAGGGCAUCCAGGCAGAAGACAGACACGGCCUGAGGAAUUAA